CACACUCACACAUCCCUCACUUGCUUAACACUUCUAGCUACAGUUUGCCACGGCCCACUGUGACGGUGUGCAUACCAGAUAUCACGAUCAGAUCCCAGGCAGCCACUGCAGGCGCGCUGCGUGUUUGGAGCUGCAGCCGUCCUGUCAGCCACGAGCAUCAGGGCGCACUCGAGCAGGAACGAGCUGGAGCAGGAGAGCCCUGGGAUUGGCCGCCUCGCCAGGAGAUUGCUAAAUUAUGCACAACUGUGAGGACUUUGACAGCUACCUUAUUCUAGAGACAAGACUAACUCCAAGCCUAUCGUUACUGGUGCCUGAAGACUAACUUCAAGCCUAUCGUUACUGGUACCUGAAGACUAACUCCAAGCCUAACGCUACCAAUGCCGGAAGUCUAGUCUGUCUCCUUAAGGAAAAGUAUGAUUUGGAUUCGGGCACUGACCUUCCCACCUUACUGAGAGGAGUUUCCUUUGUCGUCUUGCUGUUAUUCUUUAAUGCACUAUGAGGAUAUUGAGGUAUGACUGACAGUGGUGACCCCUCACUGCUGUGUCCAUUGAGGGGUACUGCUGGGAGACGGCGCUCUGGGACAGCUGCGUGAGAUGGCCCGGGCCCUGUGCUGCUGCGGAGGCAGGGCUGCUGAGGAAGAGAGCACGUUCCUGGGCAGUGCGACCUUCUCUGUGGCGGAUCUACUCAAAUCCAGGGACCAGCAGAUUUCCCUAAACCUGAGGUCAUCCGAUGACUUGGCAGCCGUUGGCACUGUAGUGGUCAGCCGGAUGAAGAUGGGGGAGAUUGAGGAUGGAGAAGCAGACCACAUCACGGCCGAUAUCCAGGGCCAGAAGUGUGCACUGGUGUGUGAGUCUCUGCACGGAACAACAAAUGACAAAGAUUACGGUCCCCGGAUGAGUGCUUUGUUCAAGAACCCGGUGUGCAAGGUGUACCGGUUCCAGACAGUGGACAGUAAGUGGAUGCUGGUGCGUGAGCAGAUGGCGGAGAGCACGCUGUCCUUCACCAUCCCAAAGCAGCUCAUUACUCUCCACAUCCAGGAGGACUCCAGGAGGAUACAAGAACUGAAGGACCUUGGAGAGCUGUCACCACACUGGGACAACCUGCGUCGUGAGGUCAUCACACGCUAUGACCAGGUCAUCAGAAGCUACCAGGAGAAUCUGGAAGAGCUAGACAAGCUGACAGGACCCUCGUUUAAACCCAGCUGCAGCAAAGCGCAGAAGUAUCUGGAGUUCAUUCCAAUCAACCUGCACACACAGAGGAUGAGGGUCACCUGCCCCAGGAAAACAGAUGCCUUCUAUGACAUCAUCACAGUGGGCGCUCCGGCGGCACACUUCCAGGGCUUCAAGAGCGGCGGCCUGCAGAGGCUACUGGGCCGUUACGAGAACGAGAAGAAGAGCUACAGUACGGCGUACCAGUGUAUCUACUACUCUCCGGAGCAGACGGCCAGGGCACGGGACGUGCUGGGCACCCUGAGCGAGCUGCAGCCCCUCAUCGGCAGCCUGGCUGACCGCCUGCUGCAGGCCGCCCAGCAGCGCUGCGCCCACGCUCUGAGGGACACGCUCAAGAGCCUCGCCGAGAAGACGGAGCAGUUUGUGCAUGCCCUUAAGGACGAGCUGGUGAAGAGCGCCCUGCUGGCCCUGCACGCUGCCCGGCCCGGUUACGUGUCCAAGACCCAGACCCAGACGCCGCCCCUACAGACCCGUGCGCCCCAGAUGCCCAGCCACCCUGGGCAGACGGUCACCGAGCCGGACGCCGUCGUCUGCAACAACGUGGCCGGAGCGCAGACGCCCACCAAAGAGGAGCCGCCGCCACCGGCAGGACCGCUGGAGCGGCAGGACUCCAUACCGCACCACAAGGAGUACGACGAGGAGGAAUGGGACAGGGUGUGGGCAAAUGUGGCCAAGAGUCUCAACUGUGUGAUCGCCCUGGUGGACAAGCUGCAGGAGCAGGACAACAACAACCAGGAGUCCACACCAGACCAGGCGCUCGCUGACGUCAUCACCUCACACAACCCCACAGGUGAGUGGCGUGAGCAGUUGUCUCCACUGGUGGCCUCCCUGAAGGAGUGUGUGACUGAGGUGGGCGACCGGGCUCAGAAAUCCAUGACCUUCGUCCUCCUGCAGGAGGCAGUGUGCAGCAUCCCUCAGGGCCUCUUCCUCCAGCAGAGGCGUGACGUAGUGUUCAGUCAGGCGUUGUCAGCGUUGGCGUGUGGCUUUGUGAUGCGGCUCUAUGCGGGGCUGGAGGACAAGGGCUUCCUGCAGCAGCUGCACCUGGUAGGCCUGGUGGCCCAGUUCGAGAGCCUGCUCAGCACUUACAGUGAAGAGAUUGGCAUGCUAGAGGACAUGGAGACGGGAAUCUCUGACCUGCACAGAGUCACAUUCAGAAUCACAGAAGCCAAGUCAGACGACCCAGCAGACCUACAGCCUGUUGUCAGUGGCAGACGAGACCACUAUACGGUGGAGGUGCCGUUGCCACAGCAGUCAUUCCAGAUGAUCCCACCUGAGCUUCGGGAGGGGAAGCCACUGCAGGUGUACCCGGUGCUUUUCAACGUGGGCAUCAACGAGCAGCAGACCAUUGCAGAGAGGUUUGGUGACAUAUCUUUACAAGAGAGGAUAAACCAGAGAAAUUUUGAAAUUUUAGAUGGUUACUUCAAGACACUGAGUGACAAAGUGCCAUCAGAAUGUCUGCCCUGCUUUCAGACACAGAUGGAUGUGAAGGAAUUACUUGAAACCCUUGGCCAGAACGUUGUUACGAAGAAGAGGAAGAAUGUGGAAAUUCUCUGGCUUGCUGGAACGAUCUGCCGACGCCUGAACGGCAUUCGCUUCACCAGCUGCAAAAGUGCCAAAGACCGGACAUCCAUGUCUGUUACGCUGGAGCAGUGUGCCCUGCUAAGGGACGAACACCAGCUCAAUAAGGACUACUUCAUCCGGGCCCUGGACUGCAUGCGAAGCAGUCGGCUGACGCAGGGAGAAGCAGCUCAGUGGGAUGACCCAGAGGCCGGCUCAGUAGCCAAUCACAAGCCGGCCUCUCGCCACUUCUACCCAAUCGCCCUCCUGCUCGUCAGCUCUCACCUGCUGGUGGUGUGGCUGAUUUUAAGUCUUGUUUUUCUGCUUGCAAAAUAUCAAUAAACUGCUGAUAAUGCCA